GGCGGCGGCAGGAUGAUGAGUGAAUGGAGCCGGGUGUUGCGGGAGGUGACAGGACCCACGCCGCACUCCUUGGCUUUUAGGGCCAAGUUUCCCAAACCGAAUGUCACUGGAAAGCAGUUGCUUAUCUGGCGGGAUCAAGAACUCAAGCGCCAUGAAGCCGCGAUGCAGGCGAAGGCCCAUCUCAUCGGCCGCCAGAUCAACGAAAGGGAGGAACUGAACCAACGCAAAUGGCUCCAUCGGCUUGUACAGAAGAGGGUUGAUGUUGAAAUGCAGACCUACCUGGCUGGGGAAGAGGAGAGGAGAGAGAGGCUUCGGGAUCUCCUGGAAGCCGAAGAAAAGGGCUACAUUGCUGAGCUGGAAUCGCGGGAAGAAACCAUGGAGGACAGGAGAAUAAAUAUGAGAGUGAGAGCCAAACAGCUAAGAGAGCAGAGGGAAGAAGUUAGGCGGAAGCUGGUGGCAGAAAAAAAGGAGCAGCAGUUCAGAGAAUCUUGCGAGGAAUGGCGGACACAGUGGAGCAAGAAGCACUUGAUGGAGGUGUGCGAAGACCGACUGGCCCAGCUGGCCCUGAAGGAGGAGCUGAAGAAGCAAAAAGAGAGGGAGGAGGCAACUUUUGAGGCUCUCUGGGAAGAGGACAGGUUGGCUAAGGAGAAAAAGGCCACGGAGGAAGCCCAGAAAAGAUCGCGUCGGGAUGACGACAUGAUCAACAUGCUUAACACCCAGAGAGCUAUGGUGGAGGCUCAGAAGGCGGAGGCGAGGCGGCUGAAGGAAGAAGAGGCGAAGUUGAUGGAAGAGGAACGGCAGCUGUUUAAGCUGGAAGAGGAACGUGCCGAGAUGGAGAGGCGGCGGAAGCUGAGAGAGUGCCGGGACACGUUGCUGGAUUCCAUGAAGCAGAAGAACAGGCGUCUCGACAAAGCAAAGCAAGACGAGUUGGCUUUAGAUAUGAAGAUCCUGGACCAGGCCCUGCAAGAAUCCCUGGAGGACACCGAGGGCCAAAAGCAAAGGAAAAAAGAGCUCUUGAAAGAGCAGCAGAUAUACCAGGCGUACCUGGCUCAGCAGAUGGAGCAGGAGAAACGCCUGGAAAAAGAAAUGGACAAACUACGGGCAGAAGAGAUGGCAAAGAUGUGGGCAAAGAGGGCCACGAAGGAGAAGGCCAUGAAAGACGCCAGAGAUCGCUUACUGACAGAGGUCCUGGAUACGAGGCGGCUUCAGAUCGAAGAAAAACUGCAGCGAAAUGCCCAUGAGCAAGAGGCGCUUCUUCGGGACAGGGAAUUAUUAAAUGCAGCCAUUCAAGAAUACAACCGUCUGGAAGAGGAGAAAUACGCAAGGCGUUUGCGGCAAGCGAAGGAAUAUCGGGAAGAACUCCACGCUCAGGUGGACCACCUCAAGCGAGCCCGCGAUUUUGAGAAGGAGGAGGAGCGCCGGGAGUACGCGUUGGCGCUGGAGGCAGAAAGGCUUUACCAACAAAAGAUGGCGGACGUCCUUUCAAGGCCUUACAUGAGACUGAAAGAUCUCCAUCCUUUACGAAGGCAGCUAGCCUGUAGUUCUCAGUCUUAG